CAUUGCUACUGUUUUUUUUUCUUUUUAAUGGAACUAAAUAAAUCUGUGUUUGAGGAUCUGGUGGCUAAUGGUUUGCAUCAAAAUAGCUCCGUUCCGAACACUGGAAAAAUCCUAUUAACAAAUUUUCACGGUUUUGUGUUGUAGGCGUAGCUUCGGGUACAACGUUGCCUUGACUGUCUCUGUAUUUGCAACGUUUGGAUGACGCUUUACUGAAUGUAAAUACGUAGUAUGGCUGCUUUAAAUACAGUUGUUUUUGGUGUGGUAUCAGUUUAGUAAGCUGUAGCUUUGAAAGCUCGUUUCCUGUAUGCGGGAUCUUCGUUUUUCGUAAAACUGUGAAGGAAACUGAAAAAAGUCAUUUACGCUUAGGAGGAACGUCUGACUGGUGCUCGGGAACAACAUAUUUAAUCUCUUGUGUCUGCCUGAGAGUGAAUAGCCGGCAUGAAAACCAGAUCUAGUAGCAGAGGCAGAGGGGAAAGCUGUUCACUCAAGAGGACGAAUGAAUCAAGAGGAUGUGCAUCAGACAUCAGUCAAAGUGCACAGCAUGAUAAUACAAAUUCUAACAGAAGUUUUAUAGAAUUGACCAAAAACAGCAGGAAAAGAAGGCAUUCUGAUGUUACAUGUAGCAGUAAGAAGGCAGCGACCAACUACGAGGAAGAAUACAGUAAGGAUGACCAGCUUACAAAUGUUCUAAAUAAAACAGUGUCAGUGGUGCUAGAGCCAUUUGAUAUGGAGAAGCAUAUGCAGGCUAAAGUUGCAAAUCGCAAUAAAAAAAAAUGCAUCAGUAAUUACUCUGUCAGAGAUGUCAAAAUAACUACUAAGAGUUCAAAUGGUUGCAGCACAAAAAAUGAAGAGAACUCGACAACAGGAAGCAAACAAAGAUGUUUGCAGAAAUCCACUCAUCAUGACGGCAAAGAACUACAUAAUAGUGAUCAGAAGAAUGUAGCAUCCCUCAGCUUGAGUCAUGAUGAUGACCAGGGGUUGUUGGAGAGUUCGACCCAUCAGAGCAGAAGACAGUUGUGGGAUGCUUCCCACAAAAUGAGUUCAGAAUUUCGUCGAGAACGCCGUACAAUAUAUAAGAAGCCAGUUUGUAUAUGUUGUGUAGGAAAAGAUAACAACAGUGGAAAUGAAAUAAGAGUUGCAAGUGAUGGCUUGAAGGCAAAACAUAACAAACAUAUGGAGAAGAGCAUCAGAAAUAGUGAUGUAAAUAGAGCAGCCAGUAGUACCCAAAAAAGAAAAACUGUCGUGGGUGCUUCUCACAGCAAAGUAAAAGAUGCUGAUUAUCAGUAUGGAGGCAGACCACUAACUACAGAGCACAGCAGUAUAAGCUCUGAAACUAUCACAACUCUCAAGAUGAUGAGUGAAGUAUUUAAAGAUGGCCAGUCAUCCAGAAACAGAGAGAUUAACAGCCACAGUAGUAGGAGGUCAGUCACACCAACUUCAUGUUCUGUAGCCACAGCACCUUUGCAGAUGAGAGACAGUGCAGCUUCACAACCUGCACAUGCACUUACACAUUUAGAAAUGCACCCAUACUUGCGUCGACGGUCAGCAUCAGCACCUCCUCAGUUACAGUUGGGUGACACUUUUCGAAAAACUGUUGAUGUGUUUGCACAUUUACUUCAGGAUGUGGCCGCACAUCUGCAGAAAUGUGCUAAUGGAGUUGGUGAUACAUUAAGUGACCAUAAUUUUGAGCAUAUGGUAGCUGGCGUUUCUCACUUGGUGUCGAGCUGCACAUGCCAUUCACCCAUUGGGUGUUUACUAUAUAGCAUUCAUAUUAUGAAUGCAUUAAAAAGAACACUGUCCGCAGAAUUAAAUGUGGUUUCACUAUCCAAUGGUGAUGCAGUACAGCCAGCAGCAGCAGCAGCAGGCAUGCAAUCAAAUGGGAAUUUAAUGGGAAGAUACCAUCUAGAAGCAAGCAUCAAAGAGAAGACCAAUACAGAAGUCAGUGUAGAAGGAGGUAGUAUAUCUGAGUCUGCACGUCAGUGUGAUGCCACAACAUUAACAACGAAAUCCAGAAACAUAUUGUUGACUGCUGAGACCUGCAUAAGCACAUCACACAGCACUUCUCUCACUGAAGAGACAAACGACACACCAUCACCAGUAGAUAGCACUGAUAAUGCACAUAUUGAAGCAAGUAUCGAAGAAACAGCCCAACUGGAAGCAAACACAAAAGAGAGUACCAGCACAAUAACACGUAUAACAGAAGGCAGUGACUCAAAGUCAGCAUCAGAAUAUGGUGCAACGUCGUCAUCAGUUGAGCCCAUAAUCAUGGUGUCAGCUGCUGGGGCAUUUACUAGUACUAGUUCUUCACCCACUGGAGGCCCAAAAGAAAUCCUGGACCCUCAUGAAGUGGAUACUGUAGUUUCUGAUCAGAAUAAUGUAAAUGACAGAGUGGAUGAUAGAACAGGGUGUGCCAGCCCCAAGAGUAAUUUAAUGUGUGGGAGUGCAGAACGAGAACAAGAUGGUGAACGGAAUACUUUUGACUCCGUCUCUCUCUCUAUGGAAGAGAUUGAAAUAAAGGAAGAAGUUGAAACCUCAGAAAGCGACAGUGAAUUAGAGUUGUCUGAAAAACAGUACUCGCAAAAUGAGGCAGAAUAUGAUGCAGGUAGUUGUGGUCCUGAAGGGGAAGAGACAGACAGACAUGAAAAUAUGGUUGAGGUUGAGUGUAACAUUGUCGAGGCCUCAGAUCUAAUUAACUGCACCGGAAAUGAAUCACAUAUGAAAGAUCUGAGAAUGGAGGCACAGCAUGAAUAUGACAAUAACAGCACAGAAAAUGAUGUUGCUGAGGAUGCUACUAGUAAUGGAGCGAAUACUGCUCCUGCUGUCAACAGGGGAGAUGAUACUGAUGCAGUCAACAAUACUGGAUACAGUGCAAGUAGGGAUUAUGAUGGUGAUGUGGAUUAUGGUGGCAACAAAAAUGAAGAUGAUGUUGAGGACACAAUUGAUGAACGGAAUGGUGGCCACAUUAAUGAAGACAAUGUUGGGGACGCUACUGCUGAACAAGUUGUUGCCCAAGGUAAUGACGACUGUGUUGAGGACACCAACACUGAAGACAUCGGUGGCCACAGUACUGAAGGCAGUGUUCAGGACACCAGUGCUAGUAAGUGCGGUGAUGCCCAUGGUACUGAAGAUGGUACUGGGGAAGCCAAUGCUGCCGGGUAUGAUGGCAACAGAAACGAAGACAAUGUUGGAGAUGCCAAUGAACCUGAGUUAGUUGAUGGCUCUCUGUAUAAUAAUCGUUGGGAAUAUGUUGAACCACCUUAUGGUGGGGGUUACGCUGGACCGAAUUAUGAAGAACUGUAUGACCCUGAUGUUGUGGCUGUCCAUGCUUUGGUAAGCACCUUGCGACAAGUGAAUGGUUUGCCAGCUGGCCAGUUUUAUAAGCAGGUUGAAAUUAGAAUAUUUGGUGGAGGCGUCUGGCGAGUUUGUCGGAUACCUGAUCCUUAAUGCUACUAGUAAUGCAGCCAAUAUUGCUCUGGCUCUCAACAGUGGAGAUGUUACUGAUGCAGUCAGCAAUACUGGAUAGAAUGUGAGGAUGGUGAUGGUGACCUGGAUUACAGUGGCAACAGAAAUGUAGAUGGUGUUGGGGACAACACAGCUGAAGCUACUCAAGACCACAGUAAUGAAGACGGUGUUGGGGAUGCUGGUGCCACCGAGGAGGGUGACAACAGAAAUGAAGACAACAUUGGAGAUGCCAGAAAGAAUACUGGUGCUAGGAAUAACACACAUGGCUCUUUGGUGGGCAGCAUUCUGGUGAUGGUUACACCAAAUGUGACCAUCGCCAAUUUUAGGACCCAACGUUGUGAUUGUCCAUGGACUGUAUGAUACAAAAGAUUUGUUGCAAAUGGGCAUUGUAGAAAAUUGUGUGGAUUUUACAUGUUCCUACUUUUUAUUAAUAUUGAAUCUUGUGCCAAAGACUUAGAAUGAAAAAAAAAAAAAUAUAUGAAAAUUUACGAAUUGUAUAUGUCUUAAAGAAUAGGUUAAAUACAUUUUCAAUAAA